UUGGUGCUAUAGUUGCAGAUUCAUUUCUGGGUCGAUUUCGGAUGAUCUUAUUUGGUUGUGUUAUUAGUCUUCUGGGAAUGGCUCUUUUAUGGCUAACAACUAUGAUUCCACAAGCAAAGCCGCCUCCAUGUUAUGAAUCGAAUAACAAUUGUAGCUCAGCGACAAGUUUGCAACUCUUUCUCUUGUGUUGUUGUUUUGGACUCCUGUCUAUUGGAGGUGGAGGAAUUGGAUCUUCAUCCUUAGCUUUUGGUGCUGAUCAGUUGAGAAGAGCAGGUGGGCAGAACAAUGGAUGGGCUCUGGAGUGUUAUUUCAGCUGGUACUAUGCGUUAUGCACAAUUUCUAUUUUAAUUGCUUUACCUUGCAUUGUCUACGUACAAGAAAACUUGGGAUGGCAAGUUGGUUUUGGCAUUCCGGUCAUGCUCAUGUUGUUGUCAACUCUGUCAUUCUCCCUGGCUUCGCACUUAUAUGUCAAGUUGAAGGCUAAAUCAAGUUUAAUUGUUGAAAUGCUUCAAGUGGCUGUAGCCUCUUAUAGGAAACGGCAUAUAGAAUUGCCAACAGAGAGCUCAAAAAUGCUGUACCAUCACCACAGGGGUCCAUCAAUUUGUCUUCCAAGUGAAAAACUAAGGUUCUUAAAUAAAGCUUGCAUCAUCAUAGAUCCUGAGAAAGACUUGACAACAGAUGGAAGAGUAGCAGAUCCCUGGAGUCUUUGCACAGUAAAUCAAGUUGAGGACCUGAAGUCGAUUCUCAAAGUGAUUCCUUAUGGUCCACAGGAAUGAUAAUGUCAAUAAAUGUCAGCCAGGGCUCAUUUUCUGUACUUCAAGCAAAGUCCAUGAACCGAAAAUUUGGUCCAAACUUUGAGAUGCCAGCAGGUUCUUUUGGUAUGUUUACCGUUGUCAGUGCAGUACUAUGGAUAGCUCUUUAUC